UUCAUUGUUGUUGGCAAAAAAAAGAAAGAUGAAGAGGGUUUCCUUUGUUGCAAUUUGUGCGGUGGCGGUGCUGUUUUGGGGAGCGGCAGAGGCAGUGACAUGUAAUCCCCAAGAGUUUAGUCCGUGCAUGCCGGCGUUCACAUCGCCGGCGGCACCAACAGCAGCUUGUUGCAGCAAGCUGCAGGAGCAGGAGCCUUGCCUUUGUGGGUACAUCAAGAACCCAGGUCUUAAACCAUACGUCGACACUCCCAACGCUAAAAGAGUUGCUUCUGAUUGCAAAGUCCCAUGGCCUCAGUGCUAAAUGCACUCUCUUCAAGUCUGCAAAUAAAGCUUGUACUCUUCUGAAUAAAACAAUAAUAAAAUAUAUUACUGUUUUAAAUAACA